AUGAGAGAUAGAGAUAGACUUUGUAUGAAUGAGACCAUUGUCUCUAAUUCAGCAUCGAAUUUUAUAAAGAAUGGUAGCUUUUAUGCAGUCAUGCAAAAUGACGGAAACUUUGUAAUUUAUAAUUGUAGAACUUUCGUACCUUCUAAUGCUGUAUGGUCAACCGGAACACACAACAAAUCAAACUAUGCACCAUUCAGAUUAAUUAUGCAACAGGAUGGAAACUUGGUCGUCUACGAUAGCAGAAAUCACCCACUCUGGGCAAGUAAUACUGAUAGACAAGGAAGUCACCCACAUACAAUCGUCUUGAACUCUGGUGGAGUUUUGGAGCUUUUCGAUUCCCAUCACAGAAUGUUGUGGCACUCCAGCAAUCCACCAAGCUGUCCACCACCAAGUCAUGGACGUCAUCACCCACAUCACCGUCCAUCUCCAGCCGUUUGUCCACCAGCACCAACUGUAGUACAAGUACCAGUUCCAGUUCCAGUACCAGUCUAUCCAUCAUACCCAACUGCCCCAUCUCCAUACCAACCAACUACUGCAUAUCCAUCACCAUACCAACCAUCACCAUCACCCUACCAACCAUCACCAUCACCAUAUCCACCUGCCACAGGUUACCCAGGUUCACAACCAUAUCCAGGAUCUAUUCCACCACCAGCCACCGGUUAUCCAGGUGCCUAUCCAGGAUCGGUUCCACCACCCGCCACUGUUAUCGUACAGCCAGUUGCUGCACGUCCAGCUCGUGCCGACACCAUGACAGACAAUGAAAGACUAGUCAGUAACGGUCGUAGUGUUAUUACCUCUGAAAACGGUAUAUACCACUUGGUCAUGCAGCAAGACGGUAACCUUGUACUCUACAGAGGUAGCAAAUGGGUGAAUCAAUAUGCAGAGUGGUCAAGUAAGACCUAUGGUGUAAGUCCACACUCACCUUUUACCGCAACAGUCACAUCAGAUGGUAAUAUAAUGGUAAUGGAUGGUCACCACAGAAUGAUCUGGCAAUCAGGUUCAUCCUGCCACAAACAAGGACCAUUCUAUUUGCAAGUAACCAACUAUGGAAGUUUAAAUCUCACCAACAUUCAUGGUGAACAAAUUUGGAGUUCAUCUGCACUCGUCAAUUUCGUUGGAUCUUUAUUCAAAUAA